AAGUGAGCGCGCCAAAUGGCGGGCAAAAUCCCCAUUAUUCAAGAAUCGACUCCAUCCCCUGGAAGAACCGAGCGGCACUUCCAUCACCAUCCAAGCCAAGGCAUGGUUUUCCUCCAGCGCAGCGCUCCUCCCAACCCUCGCAAGAGGCCUGCCCCUGUCCCCGGACCCCAACCCGCCUCCUCCGACCCCCACGGCGACCGUAGCCUCCAUCCCACUCCCCCCGCCACUGGCGCCGCCGCCGCCCCCAGGAGCAGCAGUGUCGGCAGCAAAGGUAAAGGCAAGGCGAUCGGAGGAGGAGGAGGAGGAGGAGAGGAGGACCAGCGGCACAUUGGCAACAUGAUCUCGCUGCUCGCCGACGCUGGAUGCACCCUUUGUGUCCCUCACGACGGUCCUCCCUCCCUCCCUGCCGACCCCCACAAGAUCCGCCGCCACCUUGAGAGCCGCUUCUCCUGCGAGCCCUCCCUCCGCUCCCAUUUCCUCUCCGGCUUCUCCUCCUACGUCCAAAACCCACAAAACCUCCGAAGGGUUUUGAUUCCGGCCUCCCAAGACGGCGGCCCAUCAAGAGGGGAGAGCCUAGUGAGGGUUCUCCUCUUGGUGGCGCCAAUCCAGCCCCCGCUCCAGCGGCUGCUCCUUGAGAAGCUCCCAGAGUACUUUGAUGCUGCCGGCGCCGACCAUUUGUCACUCAAUGAUGACGUUGCAAGGCUCAUCAUCAACCAAUUCCGAUGGCUGGAUUUCCUUGUUGAUGCUGAGGGCUUCUCUGAGAAGCUGAUGGAUGUUCUUUCCAUCUCCCCUCCCCAGCUGAAGAAGGAGAUCAUUGGUUCCCUUCCGGAGAUCAUUGGCGACCAGAGCCAUGGCACCGUCGUUGCUGCCCUCGAGCGAAUUCUGCAGGAGGACUCGGAGGUCAUUGUGCCGGUACUCGACUCCUUCUCCGAUCUGAACUUGGAUGACCAGUUGCAGGAGCAGGCUGUCACCGUUGCCAUAUCUUGCAUUAGAACGGUUGAUGGGGAGCACACGCCACAUUUACUUAGGUUCCUACUACUUUCUGCAACCCCGACAAAUGUUAGGAGGAUAAUCUCACAGAUUCGUGAGCAAGUAAAAUUUGUAGGAGUGGUUGAUUCACGAGCUGCCCGGAACAAGAAGCUUAAGGGCAAAUCGCUGGCUCAUAGCACUGAGGCCUCAAUCCUUGACGCUUUGAGAUCAAGUCUUCGAUUUAAAAAUAUUCUUUGUGAGGCUAUUCUGAAAGAGCUGAAGUCUAUUGACCAGCCACGGGACCACAGGGUCAUUGAUGUCUGGUUCCUUAUGCUUAUAUAUGCGAAUGGAGGCUCCCUGCAGAAGAGUGCAGCGAAAAUAUUCAAAAAGAAAAUUGUGGAAGGUAUCUUUCGUGAAGCUCUUUUUGAUCAAUGUAUUCACGGGCACCGAGAAUUAGUAAAGGGCUACUUUUCAUCAUUUCUUUCCGUAAGCGAGUACUUGUUGGGAUGCAAAGAACAACAAGCAAGAGAUUUUGGCAUCCACCUGUACACAUCACUCUUUGAAGAGUUCACUGAUACUUAUUCAAGACAAGAGGUUCUAGGUGCAUUAGUCACACAUAUAGGUUCUGGGGUUGGUUAUGAAGUUAGUUCUGCUUUGGAAACCAUGAUCUUGCUGACAUCAAAGUACUCUGAGGAGCUGAUCCCAAUUUCUUCUCAUAUAAAUGGUAUCUUGGACUACUUGGAAGGAUUUCAUGAGGAUAAUCUUCACAAGGUCUAUAAAGUUUUCUGUCAUUUAGCAUUAUCUGCUCGCUCAAAUGCUAACUCAGUUGGCUCUAAAAUUGCAAAUGAGCUUUUGAUGAUUGUAAGGAAGCAGGUUAGCAAUCCAGAUAAUAAGUACAGAAAGAUGGGAAUAAUUGGAACUUUAAAGAUAGUUUCUACUUUGGGGGACGUAAAUGCUGCAACAAAUUUCUCAUCUUCCCAGAAAUCGAAUUGUGAAGAGGCUCUUGAACUGCUGCAAAUGUCUUUAGACUCGUGCAAAUUGGAGAGAUGGCCCUUAGUCCUUCUAUAUGAUGAACUGAUUGCUUUGUUGGAGCAUAGUACUCUUCAGCCGGCACUUAUUGAGAGGAUUGGCAAGCAUGUUGGGGAGUUUGAGUCACUGUUUCUGGCUGAUCUUGAGGGAGGCCAGUUACCGUUGAAGGACUUAUCCAAUGAUAUAGAAGGAUACUUGUGGAUGAAUUUGGAUGGGGAUCUAUCUCCUUUAUGCCUGAAUAUCUUGUCAUUGCUUUCCUCUUCCUUGCAACAAUGUUCAUCCUCUUUGCAAAUUCUUCCUUGUCAGUUUUCAUUAUUAUCCACUAUUGAAAGGUUGACAAAUCAAGGAUCUCUUGGUGGUAUUGAUGCACUUCUUGGUUGUCCUUUGCAUCUUCCUUCUCCUAAGUAUCUGGUUGGACCUCAUUGGAAGAAGCUGACAGGAAAGCAGAAAAAGAUAGUGUGCUUAUCACUUUAUUAUGCCAUCAAUUGGAUGAGGGAGUUGCUUAGUGCCUUUAGCACACAAGUUGCUGGUAGAGUUGACUGUAUAACACAGGCUACAAAGGAUGAGACAUUGGCCAAGCUAUUGAAGCGUUUAAGAAACCUGGUUUUAAUGGAGGGCUUACUGAAUGCUUCCCUCAAGUCUUUCCCUCUAUCUUUACCUGAACUCCACUAUUUCAUGGUGAAUUAUGGAUCACCUCUUUUAAGCAAGCAUGAUCAUUCCAAGCAACAGGAAAAGAGAAGUGCAGAAAGCACUUCUCCAAACAAGAGAAAACGAAAAAAAGAUUUAGCCUCAGAAAAGCUGGAUCCCAAUGGAAAGCUCAAGCAGCCAACAAUAAUGGAUGCACUGAAAAGAGCAGGUGCAGUUAUAAGUCAAGAUGCCUUAAAUGGGAGUUCCCCAGGACCAUCAUCUAAGGUGAAAAUAUGCUGUGAUCAUGAGGCCAUGGAUUCUAAUGAAUUUGGGCUUGUAGAUAUAUCAGCAGCACCAUUGACUUUGGAAUCACAACGAUUCAAAUUCAGACCUCUACAUGUUGGCUGUCUGUCUAUGUUAACCUUCUCUGAGACCCAAGAUUCCUGUUGUUCUGACCCUGCAGCUGAGCUGCCAUUGCAUCUGUACCUUCUCCGAGAUUUUCACACUAAGCUGGAUUAUUUAAAUCCUCCAAGCAAACAGUUUGCAUCUGCUUGCUUGGUAAAGGCUCCACCUGGUUACUGCAGAAUGAAAACAAGUGAGUUUUUGUGCAAGAUUAGACCAGUGUUUAGAAGCCUAAGGAGACACUUAGAUUGUGCAUUUUCGAUUCUUAAAGAUGGCUCCGACACCUGCCAAGAUCACUGGAAGUCUCACUCCUCCUCUGCUGGAAACCCAGAUAUACCAUAUCUAGUGGCUUCAAAAUCUUCUGUUGCUAGUUCUGUGUUUAGAGAAGUUCUUUGCUGCUACAGCAAGUUGAUAAGGCUUCCGGACAUAUUCCUUCAGACAAAUUUGCCAAUUCUCAGGGACUUGUUGGAAGCCUUCCAACCAGUUGAAAAACUAGAUCAUUUCUUUUCAGGGAUCCAAUCAUUUCCAUCGCCCAGGCACAUAGAUUACUUGUAUUGUGGUGUAUACUCAUUUUUUGAGGGUGUCAUGAUGACAGCACGCUCAUUCUCAUUCUUGAUAGCCUCAGAAGUCUUAGAAACUCUGCAGUCAGUUGUUAGCUCAAUUGCUGUGCUACUUGAUAAGUCUUCAGAAGGAAAUGGGAAGAACAUGCAUGUGGGAUACUAUCAGAAAAUUCUUCCUUUUUUACAAAGCAGGCUUGGGUUUUCUGCCCGUGAAUUAUUAGUGCAUGAUCCGGGUAGUGAGGAUUCUGAAAAUGGAUGCAAGAGUAAAGGCGACAUAAUACAGAAGAUACUGCAAAUAUACCUGAAAAAUAGCGAAUCCUCUACUGAUUUACUUGAAGAGUUAGCUUGCACAAUACUGCCUCAGGUCCCUUCAUGCAAAACUAAGAACACACAGGAACCCACCCAUGGGUUUCCAACAUUAUGCCCGACAAUGUUUCUCACAUGGUACCGUGUUCUGCAUGAAGAGAACCUUGAUGCUCUAACCAAAAUGGUCAAGGAAGUCAGAUUGAAGACUCGAGCAGAUGUGCAACAGGAAGCUCUAAAGAAGGUGUUCAUUAAGCUUCAUCAAUCAGUGGAUGUGGUUGUAUCUUUAGUAACUAUGUGCAAGGAUCAUGACAAGGUAGCUGUGCAUGCUAUGGCAGUCAAAUAUGGAGGCAAGUUUGUUGAUAUAUUUCUUAAAG